CUUUUAGCAAUUGUAAACAAAAGGGAAUAGAUAUCUUCCCUAGAAAUGGCUGUAGGCAUGUCAGCGUUUUGACUUUUGUUGUUAAUAAUUAGAUACACUUUCAUAAUACAAGUUAAGCCAAUAUAUACGCGAUAGGAAAACCAUGUGUUAUUCCAGAAUGUAUUGUUUUGUAGCUAUCUAUUCGUAAAUUUUAACUUGUCUUUAGCUUUUGACUUGGGCAGAAAUGGCAACCAUGGUGGAUAUACCCACAGCAGUACCGGCUGAGUCCUUGAAUGACCGCUCAUCGGAUGAUGAAACUUUGAUUGAAUUAAUCAAGAAGUCCCAGACCAAUAAUGAGCCAGAUGAGACGCAGGGUACGCAAGAGCUGAUCCUCAAGUCAAAGGAUACCGCUAGAAAAGAUUCUGGGCUGGAUGAUACCUCGGAAGAUGAGCCCUUGACGAAGUUGUUGAAUAGACUUAAAAAAAACACUGUAAAGCGGCCGGAGAGUGCGCACAGGGGAACAGGUAUCGGCAGUGAGAAGGCAAAAAACAAGAUCGCAGUUUCAACCAAAGAUGAGGAUUCCUAUAACAGCUCAGACGAUGAACCCUUGAUAAAGAUGGUUAAAAGACUCCCUAAACAGACAUCAUUGCCAUUCAAAAAGAGACCCUUCAACACAAGCAGAGAGCUGAACGAUUUGAGUAAGGGCAGAAAUAACAUUAAGAUCACUAAUAACAUGUGCACAGACUCGUCAAGUGAUAGCUCAGAUGAUAUGCCCCUGAGCAAGAUGGUUGAUAAGCUCAAGAAACAAACAGGAAAAAAGACACUCGCCACAACUAGAGAAACUGACAUUAUAAAGCCCAGUAAGGUUCCAAACAAACGCAACAGGAGAAUCGUGUCCUCCGAUGACAGCUCAGAUUAUGAGCCGUUGACUACUCUGAACAGGACUUCCCCUUCUGAAGAUAACGUAAGGACACUGAAGCCGUGUGUCACUAAGGAAUCCAACAGUAACCACAUAAGGCAAAGUAAAAACAAAAUAAGGAGAGAGGAAGAGAUGACUUCUGAUGAUGAGCCCUUGAUAAGAUUAGUUAAAAAGCCUCUUAAUGCUGUUAAGAAGAGCAUUGCACCAGCAAAGAAGAGGAGUGUGACAGGUAAUACGGUGGUAUCCAGGAAGAUGAAAAGACCAGCCAUUGUGCAAAAAGCUAUCAACAGAUGUUGUACGAAAGUUGGUCAAAGCAUGAGUGAAGGGUCUUCAGAUGACAGCUCCGAUGAUGAGCACUUGAAUAGAAUCAGGGUGAAAAAUCCACCAAUGAAGACCCUGAUGGUUAUUUUGACAAGAUGUGACACUAGAGUAGUCUUGGAAGAUAACUGUGGAGCCAUGGUGAGAAACACCUGUGAAAGAAGGGCAGAAGUAGAGAACUCCAGUGAUGAAUUGUUGAUAAAGGUGGUGGCAAAUCCCCCUUCAUCACCGAAUAUUAUGCAAGACACAAAAACGAAGUCCCAAGACUUCUGACGAUGAACCUUUGAUAAAGAUGGCUGAAAAUGUGAAGUCAUGAUUGUCUUUUUUAGAUACAGGCAGUAUGUUAUUUUAGGACAGUAUACAUUAACAAAGUUUUUGUAAAUUAUGAAUGAACUAAGUUUUUGUUAGUAAAUGCCUUUUUUCUUUUCUUGCAUGAGCGUACAGUGUAAUUAUGGUGAAAAAUGUGAAUUGUCUUUAUUUGGUGAUCUGGGAUCACUAUUUAAAUGCCUGUAUUUUUUACUGUUUUAUAUUUUAAGAACUUGUAUUGUUAUUUUUAAUAAUACCACUUAGUGGUUUCAUGUUUGUAGCAUAUUUAUUACCCUGCAAAAGUUAAAUGACUCAGAUUUUUUAUUGAUGACAAUUAUGGUGUCUAUCAUGGGGACAUUUCUGUGAUCAAAUGGUACUGGAGGCUACUAAUGGUACUGGAGGCCUCCCGGCUAUACAUUUUUACUUGACCAGACCACCAAAUAGUAAGCAGUACUAUUUAUUUUCCAAGUGAAACUGUAGUUGUGGUUUCAGUUCAAUUCUGUAAUGUUUUAGUAUUCAGUAGUGUGAAAUAAACAUGACUUAAAAGUUA